GAGCGCCCGGCCUGAAUGGGAGCCAAUCGCGCUGGCCUGGCCUCUGCCAAUCACCGGCCUCCCUCCAAUCCCACCCGCGCACAUUUCCAAACUCUGGUUCCCAACCGCGCCGCUCAAAUGUGCCGAGCGCUCUGCCAAUCGCUGGAGGCCAGAGCGGGGAGAGGAUGGCAGCAGCAGCCGAGUUGGGAAACGGAGCAGACAAAAGAAGUUAAAGAGCCGCUUAAUCGCUCCAUGUUUGGCAAGGCGGCGGCGCUGGCCACGGCGGCAGCAACAGCCUCGGCGGCGGCAGGCAGGGGGAGGAAGGCCACCGCCCCCUCGGGGCCGGCCCAGGCGACCCCCUCGCGCCUGGAUGGGCCCCGGGGCUGCGGCGCCAUGGAGCCCGCGCUGAGUUGCAAGAGGAGCCCCAGCCUGCGCUUGGCCGACCUGGCCGCAUUGCAUGGCGUCGGCGUCGGAGGAGGAGGCAGCAGCGCCACCAGCGGUGGCGGCUUCCAGCCCUUGCACCCGGGGGACCUGGGCUCCUCGGACCCGGCUGCCGCGGCCCCCUUCGGGCCGGAGCACGUGGCGUCGGGGGCGCUCAAGUUGAGCCCGGCCGGCGCCGAGGCCGCCUUCGCCUCGUCGUCGCAGGCGGGCGCCAACGGCGCGGCCGGCAGCCCCUCGUACGCGGCGCCGCGGCGGGCCGAGCGGCCUCUGCAGCAGCACCCGGCCAGCUCGCCCAUGUUCAUCUCGUCGGCGGGCACCUACGGCGCCGGCGGCGAGCAGCCUCACGCCGCCGCCUUCCCGGGGCUGCACGACCACCCGGCGGGCCCGUCCGGAGGCCACCACCCGCUCAACGGGCAGAUGCGGCUGGGGCUGGCCGUGGCUGCGGCUGCCGCGGCGGCUGCCGAGUUCUACGGGCGCGUGGAGCCCUUCCGCCCUUCGUCCGUGGCGGCCGCCGCCGCCGCCUCCGAAGCGUCCUACGGCGCCGCGCCGCAAGGCUACCCGGUCAACUUGGCGGCGGCGGUCCUGCAACAGGCGCCAGCGCCUCCCGCACAUGCGCACCACGCGCCUCCCCACCAUCACCACCCUGCGGGCGCCUCCUCCGCCGCUGCCGCCGCAGCCUUCCUGCGCUACAUGCGGCAGCCCAUCAAGCAAGAGCUGAUCUGCAAGUGGAUCGAGGCCGAGGCGGCCGCGCCGCCCUGCUCGCAGACCUACAGCACCAUGCACGAGCUGGUCAAUCACGUCACGGUGGAGCACGUCGGCGGGCCCGAGCAGAGCAGCCACGUGUGCUUCUGGGAGGAGUGUCCCCGCGAAGGGAAGCCCUUCAAGGCCAAGUACAAGCUCAUCAACCACAUCCGCGUGCACACGGGCGAGAAGCCCUUCCCGUGCCCCUUCCCCGGCUGCGGGAAGGUCUUCGCGCGCUCCGAGAACCUCAAGAUCCACAAAAGGACGCACACAGGAGAGAAGCCUUUUAAAUGUGAAUUUGAUGGCUGCGACAGGAAGUUUGCCAAUAGCAGUGACAGAAAGAAACACUCUCAUGUCCACACCAGUGACAAGCCAUAUUUCUGCAAAAUCAGAGGCUGUGACAAGUCUUACACACAUCCGAGCUCCUUGCGCAAGCACAUGAAGAUCCAUUGCAAAUCCCCGCCGCCUUCUCCUACCCCAGGAUCUCAUGGCUACCAACCCACGGGGACACCACUGGGUGCCCCUCUGUCCCCUCUCCAGGACUCUGGCAGGGGCCGCCCUGUCAACCUUUCUCCUCAGGUCACCAAUCUCAAUGAAUGGUAUGUGUGCCAGGCCACUGGGGCCCCAAACCACCUCCAUACGCCAUCCAGUAAUGCCACAUCUUCUGAGGAGGAAGAGAACGAGGAAGAAAUUUAUAGGAACUCUGAGACAAGAACUAUUCAUUAGAACUGGGAGGGAGGCAGAACUUUGAAGAUGGCACGAUCAUGCCAUCUUGGUUAAUUUGGGCUAUUUAUUCAGUAUUAUGAAACCCUAUGGUGUUUGUAACAUGUAACUAAUUUAAUUAAGACAUUGGACUUGUGUGUCUCUCUCUUUUUUAAUUAAAAAGAAUAAUCUUUUUUAAAAAAGCAAACCACCAAGCCGGACUGUAACAGUAAUCCAUUGUGCAUCCCUACCCUACCCUAUGUUUAUGGAAGACGUCAGAGGAGUUCGUCUUUGUGUUGCUUGAUCUUCAGUGUAUGCACUGCCAGGUUGACAGUUCUGUGUGAUAGUUUUCCCAAAAUAAAAGCAGGAGGAAUGUGGCUUAUGAAUGUAACUGGGAAGCUAAUGGGCUUUCUCUGUGCCAGGAGUGGAUUCCUUAAGCUUGUCCACCAAUUUUUGAAAAGGCACGUUCUUCAAUCUAGGCCUCUAUCCCACAGCCAUCACCUCUGAAACUGCCAACUGGUUUCUUGCAUCCAAGUACUGUAUAUGUACGUGUACGAUAAUGUAUAGGUACAGUUCACUGCCUCUGAAAUCUUAAGUCCUCAAAAUCUCAAAACGGAAUGCUGAAACGUAGACCUUGGGUUGCAGUUUGCAUCGCACUAAAACCAAUGUUGAAAUUCACCAUCACAAGAUUCAAGGUGGCACCUUUAUAGAGCAGUGCUAAAUUUGCUUAUAUGGAAGAUCAGUCCAUUGUUUUAAAUGGAACUCGCUUCCAAGUAAAUACGCUGGGUGGGUGAGAGAGGAGUCACAAUCCUAGUUGUGUAGGAUUUCACAAAUGCUAUUGAGCAAGGGGGGUUGGGUUUUGUUGGGUUUUAUUUCUUUAGCCAUCUUAUCCUAAACAUGCUUACUCGGAAGAAAGUUGCACUGAAGGGGCUUACUUCCAAUAAGAAUACUUAAGAACAGUACUGUUAGGCACUACCUUAUACACACUGGUGUGACUGUAAGUCCCAUUGAAUUCAAUAGGACUUACUUCUGAGUAGACCUCCACAUGAUUGCACUGUUAAUGUCUCAAUUAUUUUAAUUUUCCUUUCCUUUUCUUUUUUUUAAUGUCUUUCUAAGCUCUAACCCUGAAAGGGGAGGGAAUUAAAUCAGUUGCUAUGAUUAUUGUUGUUUAACACAUUCAACAAAUUGUGCUCUAAAGACAUUUGUCCCACUGGUUUCAGUGUUACUCAUUAGUACGUGUCUUAGCAGGACUGCUUAAUGGUUUUUCCUUGUCAUAGGAGUGUCGCUAAAUGAGAUCUAUCUUUAUAUGCGAUAUAGCAGAGGCCAUGAGUCUAAACACGCUUCCUUGCAAGCCAGUCACAUUGAAUCAGAGUAAAUUGGAUUUAUGAGUAAGCAUAUUUGGGAAUGAAGCCCAGCCUAUAGUGUUAGGUCAAAAGUGCUGUGAACUUCACAGCUGUUACUAUGUCAAAGUCUCCCUGUUGAAAGAGUUAUGAUGCUAAGAGUGACACAUGACUUUCUGGAAGAUACUAUAUUUUACUGAUCCAGCUUAACACCCUUGCAUGCGCAAAAGGUUUCAUAAAUUACUUCUCUCUAUAUUUUUUUCAGCAUCUGCGAUCCUGUUUCUUAUGCGGUGUUGUGCCAUUGACCAAAGUGCACUGGGGAAAGCAAAUUGUCAUAAAUGUAAAAAUGGAGGGAGGGGGAUGCUGAGUAGAUUACCUUUGGCCUAGCUGCCAAGCUAUUAUAGAGUGAGGUCAUGGAAUGCUGACAAUUUCUGAUGCAGUUGGUACGACAUAUUUCACGUGUAAAAUGCUGGUUCAUCAUAAACACCCUACAGAUAAUCUAAAGAGCACUAAUUUAUCCUCUGAGACCACUGAAUAAGUAACCAGUCACCAACCCAUUACCAGGGCUUGUAGAAAAGUGUGGGGAUUUUUUGUGUCUUGUGUGCUGUGAUACAUAGUCUUGUCAUUGUUAUAACUUGUAUGUGGAAGUGAUCUAUUUUGUACAGCGGAAUUAAUUUAUUUUUUUAUUUUUAGAUAUCAACUUCUUUCUUAUUUCUUUUUAAAGAAUACAGAGCACACCAAAGAAGAAUAUUAUUAAUUUUGGUGAUAGGUUGUCUAUGAUUCUGUGGUUGUUUUUCUGGGGGGCGGGAGAAAGUCCUUAUAUUUUUCAAGUUACUUGAAUGAACAAUGUAAUGUGAAAACAGGUCCUUCCUGCAUGUCUCCUGUGCAGUGUGUUGGUGAUUCAAUAUAGUUUAUAGAGAUAUUUGUUUCUUAGUACAGUGCAUGGUGCUGUCCAUCUGGAAGCCUUUAAAUGUCCUGAUCAUAUUGUUACAUGAACAGAAAAAGGACAUUCAUUUUAGUAUCUAUAUCUAUAAAUAUAUAAAUGAGAACUUGAAUACAAACCACUUCUUAAAAUUGUUUAUUUGAAUUGCAUUCCUUUUCUCCUUCAAAACCCAUUUGAAUAAUAAGGAAAAACUAUCAUGAAGUAAGACAUGGACUUUUAAAGGAUAAUUUAUGUUUUGGUGAGCUUUUUUAGAAAAUUUCUUCCUGAAUUAAAAGAAAUGUUUAAUUUA